ACAGACUUCUAUAUGAGACAGAAAAUCAAUUACUAUGGUGUGAAGCAAUAAAUAACUAGGUUUUAAUUAGGUUUCUGGUACAUGUUCUUGCUAAAUACAGCGAGUUGACUAUACGGUGUUAGAUAGGGAUUCUGUGAUACUUUAAAAUGAACAAGAUAAUCUUCCAGUAUCUUUUUCUAGUUAUACUAAUAACCAUUGCAAUUGCACAGGUUUCGGGUACUAUUGGCUGUCAACAAAAUAAUGUCCAAAUGAAUAUUACUGGAGAAAAGAUGGUCGGUGACGAAAUAUAUGACUUAAAAUGCAAUGGAUUGGGCACAUUACAAUAUAAUCUGACUGAUAAUGGAAUUCCAAAUAGCGCAGAUAGCAAAUUCACAAUAUCUCAAGCGGGUAAAAUUUCGCUAGACAAGAAACUCAAUUCAGAUCUUACAUAUCGAUUCAAUCUGAGUGUUGCAGUUAUAUCAAAUAGUCCUGGAGAACCAGGCGUAACAGUAGAGGUCAAUAUGCUGUAUACUUACAAUAAUUCGUAUGCUCCCGUUAUAACCGGAUUUGAUAACGUUAUACGAAUUAGUGAAGAUACAAUAUUUGGUACAAGCGUUGGUAACUGUACUCUUACAGACGGAGAUUCCGUAAAUGGGACAUUAGCCGGUGAAACUCGAGUUUACUUCCAGUCUAUAAGCAGACGAGAUUCCAAAAGAUGGGUAAUUGAUUCAAACACCUGUGAAAUAUUUGCGAACACUUUGUUCGAUUAUGAAAAUUUACAAUCUUAUAAAGUUGGUAUCAUUGCAUAUGAUCUGGAUCCAUAUGCACCAAGGACAAUAACACAUACCGUGAGCUUUGCGAUUUCCGACGUAAAUGAUAACUAUCCGGAAUGUAUAGAAUAUUACAAACUGGAAGCUAUAAGUGAGGAUCUAGCAGUAAAUUCCCUGAUUACCACAUUAUCGUGCUCGGAUAAAGAUUCAGGGGAAAAUAAACGCUUAUUUUAUAAAUUCUCGGAUAAUAAUUUUGAAAAUACCACAGGCCAUUUCACUAUAAAUCUAAAUUUUGGGGAAAUACGACUCGACAAAAAAGUGGAUUAUGAAACGACAUCUUUUUAUGAAGUCAAGAUAGAUGUUUAUGAUGGUGGGAUACCUUCUCUUACAACUACUGUUAUUAUUGGUGUUGUUGUUACUGAUAUUGAUGAUAAUAUACCAGAAUGGCCUGAACCGAAUAUGAAAAGAUCUGUUAACGAAACAACAAAACUUGAUACGCCCGUUUUUACCGUGACAGCAACAGAUCGUGAUGGGAAUAAUUCUAUAACAUAUGGGCUUGUCAGGGAACCUGUUCCAAACUGGUUCGAUAUAGACCCGAAAACAGGAAAAAUCGUUGUUAUAAGCGCUAUGAACUGGUUAGAAGCCCCGUGGGUGUUGUUGGAGUUAUAUGCUUAUUCUUCUGACAUUGAUCAUAAAAACGUUACAACAGUUAACAUUUCCAUUAUUGACAUAAACAAUGUUAAGCCCCGGUUCGUUGAGUCCGUUUACAGAGGAAACGUCUCUGAGAAUGCACAAGUUGAUACUACAAUAUUAGAAGUAAAUGCAGCUGACCCCGAAAAUGGACUGAAUGGAAGAGUAAAAUAUUUCAUAAACUCUGAAGUAUUCAAAGUUCACGAAGAAUCUGGAAUCGUUUCUCUUAAGACAAAGGUCGACUUUGAGAAUAAAACAGUUUAUUCAUUGAGUAUAGAAGCAAGAGACAUGGGUACAAAUCCAGGAUCACUCUCCGGUUAUGCGUUUGUACUUAUAAGUGUGUUACCAGUCAAUGAAUUCACGCCUAACAUAACUGGCCCUCCCGGUAAUUUAAUAGUUAGAGAAGAUACACAUCCAGGUAUUGUACUCUUCAAUUUUACCGCAACUGAUGACGAUGCUGGAUUUGAUGGAGAAGUCACGUUUUCUAUAGUUGAUCCAUUGGAACCAUUUACUAUUGAACCAAAGACUGGAUUACUUCGUGUAGGUAGCAAAUUGGAUCGUGAAACUAUGUCCCGCUGGGAUAUUGUCGUGAAUGUGCGAGACAACUCCGAAUCUUUACCAAAAGAUGCAUCAUUUCCGGUAACCAUUGUCAUAGAAGAUGCCAAUGACAACAGUCCUAUCUGUGAACCUCUUUCACACACCGUUAUAACUUUACCUCACGUAUUAGGUACAGAGCUUGCUACCAUAAAUUGUACAGAUGCGGAUGAAGGAUUAAAUGCACAACUAAGGUACCUGAAAGAAUCAGGGGAUCCACGAAAUGCCUUUGAAGUCCACGAAACGUCCGGGAUUAUCAGGCUUAUUGAUUACCCUACAGAAACUGAAUACACAUUAACCCUCAAAAUCGAGGAUAUGGGAAAUCGGACGCGUGACGUGAUGAUUAUGUAUAACAUUAUUGCAGAACUUCAAUUCAAUUUUACAAAUCUUCCAGCAACCGUAAAUAUCACUGAAAAUACUGUUUUAGCAUAUGAACUGUAUGAUGCUGAUGCUUGCUGUGUUUUUGGCUUCACAGAAUACACAUUAGUUUCAGGCAACGAGAAGAACCAUGUAUUCCUAGAUUCGUCAUCUGGAAAGCUAAUUUUAAUGAACAGCUAUGAUCGCGAAAAAGAGGACAUUUUCAUUUAUGAAAUUAAAGCCGUUUCGAUUGACACCAAUUCAUCAACAGUGGGCUUCCUCACGAUACAUGUGAUCGAUUCGAAUGAUAUUACCCCCAAAUUUAACACAGGCUUCCAAUAUAUAUCUCUGUCGGAAACGUUUAAUGUCGGUGGAGAAAUAUUAAACGCCACCGCUAUAGACGAAGAUCUUGACGAAAACGGGCAAAUUGUGUACAGUAUCAAUCCGAGUUCGAACAUAGGAUCUGUCUUUAAAAUAGACGAAUCUGGGACUCUAACACUGAAUUCAUCUCUUAAUGCCGAAAAAACAACCCACUAUUCAUUGGAAAUUAUUGCAACGGAUAAAGGAUCCACGGCACGAAGUGGGAGUACAACUAUUGUUAUUCGGGUAAUAGAUGUUAAUGAAUUUAAACCCCAGAUACUCAAUAUCAAGGAUGGUCUUGUAUUUGCUAAUGUAUCAGAGGAUGAAGCAUUGAAUGCUUCUAUAUUUACCAUCCGAGCUGUAGAUGAAGAUGUUGAUACCAUUUUUAAGUACACAAUCUACGACGGAAAUGAAGACGAACGCUUUGUGAUAGAUGGUAGCAGUGGAGAUAUAUAUCUAGUAAAAUUAUUGGAUAGGGAAAUGGUUGACCAAUACAAUUUAACAAUAGGCGUUUCAACAAAGGAGGGUGACAACGUUUCGGCUGUGGUGGUUAUUGAUGUUUUGGACGUAAAUGACCAAGACCCAAAGUUUUACCUUGAUUUGUAUCCGUUGGAAGUAAGUCACGAAGAUCCCGUUGGAACGUUUAUUACAAAUUUUUCCAUUUCGGAUGCCGAUAUUGGUACAAAUAAAGAAAUAGUCUCACUAGAAAUCAUUUCUGGGGAUAAUAAUAACCAUUUUAUGACUGUGGGUACUACUGGGAUACAAACUAAUACACUUAUCAACUACUACAACACUAAGCUGUAUUCACUGAAAUUGAAAGCAACCGAUGGUGGAAACCCUUCAAGGUCUGGUUUCACUCAAGUUGUUAUUAAUGUUCUUCCUAAAUUCAAGCCACCCAAAUUCAACUAUUCUGCCUACUCAGUAUCUAUAAGAGAGGACACGUCCCCAGCAAAAGCCAUAUUUGACGUGGAUGCGACUUCGAAUGGUGGAAUCGAAGGGGAUGUUGGUAAUUUGGAAUAUAGUAUACGUAAUGGUAAUACUGGCAACAAGUUUUACAUUUCAGAGUUUAACGGCACCAUCUAUUUAGCGGCAGAACUGGAUUUUGAAAGCCAAAACCAGUAUAUAAUUCUAAUUGAUGCACAGAGUAGAGAAAACCCAGUUCUUUCAGCAAGUACAACACUUACUAUUGAUAUAGUAAAUUUUAAUGAACAUAUACCAAGUUUCAGUAAGGUGUUCUAUAGUUUCCAUGCAACUGAAAAUUUGACGAUUUCCUCAGAAGUAGGCAGAGUGAAUGCAACUGAUUUGGAUGGAGAACCAUUUGGAAGUAUCACCUAUAGAUUAGGAAAUGCAAUCGGUGCUACUGACUUUACAAUUGAUACUGACGGUAUAAUAACAGUCCGUGAACGAUUGGAUUAUCUGAGGCAAAGUGUUUACAACAUACCCAUCAUUGCUGAUGAUGGAAUUCUCCAAGGUGAAGCACUUGCUGUUAUCUCUGUUGAUGAUGUAAAUAAUAACGCACCCACCUUCAACCCAAGUAAUGUCACUGUUAGAGUUUUGGAGAGCAUGCCUAAAGAACUUGUAUUUUAUACGGCAAAGGCAACAGAUUUGGAUCCAGGAAUUAACGGGCAAAUAGAGUACAGACUCUUAUCAUCAGACGCAAAAUUCAAUUUAAAUGUUUCUGGGGCCUUAGCGUUCAAUACAGCACUUGAUCGUGAGGUCGAGGACAGCUACGACCUUGUUAUCAUAGCUGUGGAUAAUGCUACAACCUCUGCAUUGACAGGGACUUUAUCUUUGACCGUUAAUGUCAUCGAUGUUAAUGACCAAACUCCAAGUCUUUCCAACCAAUUAUCAGAAGUGAUAGUAAAUCGUGGUGAUGCUCCAGGUACUACUGUCCUGACUGUUACAGCAACUGAUAAUGAUAUUGGAGAAAAUGCCGCUAUCGAAUAUGAAAUCACAGAUGGUAAUACCGACGACUUGUUCCUAGUUGGAGUUUCAACUGGGGAGAUUAUAACUUCGUCGAGUCUUUCUGCAGCAAAUAAUGAAUACACAUUGGUAAUAACUGCCAAAGACAAAGGUAUUCCUUCGCUAUCGGUAACGAUGACUUUAAGUGUUCAGAUUGAGCCACCUAUUAUAACUGGUUCCGGUGAACAGACCAUGACAAUCUUAGAAAAUCGCCGCACUAAUUCAGAAGUUGGUAUAGUUAAACUAAAAACGGGUCAUUCUCCCACGUCUUUUAUAACGUUCAGCAUCAGUGGGGGUAACAUUGGUAAUACCUUCCAAGUAGAUGAAAAGAGUGGAAUGAUUUCCAAUCUGGAAAUUUUAGACAGAGAAAAAUAUCCUAAAUAUAACUUGAAGAUUGAUAUAUCUGAUAAUAAUAAUAUCUCGUACACUAAGCAAGUAACAAUAGAUGUUCUAGAUGAAAAUGAUAACACUCCUAAAAUAACAACUUUAGAUACCGAUAUUACUGUAGUUGAGAAUACUCCUGCUGGCCAAAUUGUAACCAGAUUCACUGUCACGGAUGACGAUAUUGGAAAUAAUGGUGAAGUAGAUUUGAAGAUAGCAGAUACUGCUAAUGCCAUUGCUAAAAAACAUUUUGAAAUCAGUGGGGUCUUUCUGAAAAUAAAGGAACCUCUAGAUUACGAAGCCACAAAAUUCGUACCUAUAAACAUAGAGGCUGUAGAUCGUGGGAAUGUAAGUAAAACUAGUUCUAUCCAAGUAACAGUUACUAUUAUAGAUGUUCAAGACAGUGGUGGGUCUACUAUACCUUCGCAAGGGGAAGCGCCAUCUGUGUAUCUGACAACCGAGACUUCAUCUAGUGCCUCUGUCGGUGAAUUCGUCAUAACGUUGACUGCACAGAAUCUGAAGCUGGACGUGACCUCUGGGCCAUUAACCUUUCUGAGUGUGAAUGAGGAAGACAUUUUCACCAUAGAUACAACUGGGACCGUUACAGUUAAAACUGCGGAACUGUUAAAACCCGAAGAGGUCUAUUUUUUCUGGUUUUUGGCUUCUGCUGACAACGCCACUGAUAUGCUUGGUUUACUCCGAAUUGACACUUUCAAUCCAGAUCUUCAUCUAGUAUCCCUGGAAUCUGCAUCUGAAUACUCAGAGUUAAAACCAUAUAAGGAAGAAUUCCUAAACAGCUUACAAAAGUUCUACCCACUACCAGAUGUGGUAAAAAUAUGGAAAAUCCAGGAGUAUGGAACAUCAUCAAGGCGCAGAUUAUUAGACGUUUUAAGAUCUCAGACAUUGGUCUAUGUAAUUGAAGCUCCUGUGCCGAAUGAUAUAGCGGACUUCAAAAUAAAGAAAGUAUUCAAAACCUCUAGAGAUUUAGAAAUCACAUUACGAGAGAAUCCUGACCAAGAUAUACCUGAUCCAAAACUAGCCACCACUAAUUAUCUAAUUCAGUCUGUAAAUGCCUACAAAAAACCGGAAUCAUCUGACUCCACAGAGGCUUUUACAUCAUCUUUAGAGGGUUACGUGUUUUUUGCCCUUCUGGCACUAUUAUUAAUAAUCCUCCUUAUUAUUUUGCUAAUUUUUUGUAUCUACAAAAAGAAAAAACGACAACAGAAAAGAUUAAACGAAUCUACACAGAGCUUAGUAUCUCAAGAAGAAACGGAAAGGCCGAGCAAGAUAGAUGCUACCAAAUUCCCGAAGAGGUCUAGUAAAAAGAAAUUCACUGGCGCAACAGAUGUUGAUCUUGCCUCUGUACCACCAACUAAUAAAACGACCAGACGACAAUCUCAAUUUCAAGAUAAUCUGUUGAUGCCCGAUUUCGAUGGAGACACGGGUGGUGCAUCUACAAGUGGGAAAAAUCUACAAUCUCGGUUUUCACCAAUGAUGCCUCCAGUUCAGGAACCAUCAUUAGAAUCAAAUAUGGAAUCACACAACCAGCAAAGACUGAAGCCAAUAGACAAAAGGGCUAUUUUGGUAUCCCAACCGAUACCGGAGAGGCAAGCAAGCACCAUAGAUCAUAAUGAAAUAGACAAUGGUACUGGUACUGGUAUGAGUAGUAGCAACUCACCUGUCAUUGCUAGGAGAUUAGAUGUUCCACAAAUACAACGUGGUCAUAAAUAUGAUGCUUUUGGUUACGAUACAGAUACACAUCAGCGCUAUGCUUACAAUACACGAACAGGCAGUACAUUAUGGGUGGAGAGAAGCAAUAACCCGGAAUCUGACCGAUCUGUACUUGGUGGAAAGAAGAAGAAAAAGGCCACACCCAAACUGGUUGUCAGUGAAGCGAAAAGUGAAUUCUUUCCCAACCUGAAUAUGAAUCGGUCAAUUAAAAUCGUUUCUUCUGAAACUAACAAUUAGACAUUUAUAGUUGGGCAAUGAUUUUCAGAAAUACCACAAAUUCAAUUUAUUCAGCCUAGGCAGGAUACAUACAGUAAUAUUCAUAGGCAAAAUUGAAUAACAGCAAAUAAAAUUAAAGAAUGUUUUGGGGUUUUUUUUGUUUGUUUUUUUGAUACUUUCCGUAAUUUCGUUUGAAUAUAUUUCUUGGCGAUUAAACAUGACUGUGUAACUUCUUGACAAAAUGUGAACACCUAAAGCACUGACACAAGGCUCUAUACCAGUUAAACUUAAAUAUCCAUUCAGGAAAGUUUAUUGAGAUAUAUAUAAUUUGUCCGUGACUACUAUUAUCGCAGACCUUUUUUAAUGACACUUUUCUGGUUUUUUACUAGGACUAUUUAUUUUACGAUUUUAAAGUUGGCGGGUUCUCUUUCCCAUUUACAACGUCCACUCUUUAUUAAGUUGAAUUUGCCUUUUAUUUCAUUCAAUAAUGUAUUAGUCCUUUGUCUUUGAUUAUCUCUUAAGAUGUGUUACUGUUAUUUUUAUUGAGCUACACAUUUUUGUAUAUAUUUAUUUUACAGAUGUCCAUGCGUUCGUGUUACCACUCUUUUAUAUAUCUCGCUAAUUGUUAUACUGUUAUUUUGCAGUUCAUAUGAAAUAUUAGUAUAAAUAACAGACAUUAUAGUAUAUGAAGUAUAUAUGACUAUAUUUCAUUGUUUUCUCGGGUUCAUAUAGUAUGCUGUCAUUAUUAAGAAACAAUGAUUGUUAUCUCUUUCUUUUCUGGUCAUUGUGUUUCAAGAUUAUUGCUUUAAAACAUUGAAAGGUCACACAUUGUUUAUAUAAGUAAUAAGUUGGGAAUCCAAUAUAAACAAUAUAUAUAUAUAUGAUAUAUAUGAUAAUACCCUCUGCGUUAGUGGGUAAUCAUUUUUUUAUAAACAAUUAUUGAAUUUUGAUUCAAAUAAUCUGAAUAAUGCACAAGAAAAACACAUACAUCAAAUGUAGCAUUGUUAUAGACACGCAAUAUUCUUUUUUAUUAAUGAUUUAUUGGUUUAUAGGUUGUGGGACAAUUUCGCUUGUACUAUAUUUAUUAAAUUGAUAAUGUAAGAUUUUUCAAGUAUGACAAUAAACAUAUAUUUUAA